ACACACACACACACACACACACACACACACACUGCUUUAGGAACAGGGUCGGCUUCGGGCUUUGCGGCGCGGAGAGGCUGCUGCUCUCGGCUUGACACGCCCGGGAGGAUGCUGCGAGCUUUGGGGCUGGUCCCGAUCUCGUUGAGCUUCGCCUGCAGGAGCCUCCGUUUCUCCUGAGGGAAAAGAGCCUCCGCGAGAGAAAGCUCGGGAGGCUUCGGGCAUUGCUUCCCACCCCCCCCGCCCCGCGAUCCGCUUCCGGAGGAGGACUAUGGACUGAUCGCCGCUCCCUCUCCAGCCCUAUGGGGUCCCCGCCGGGAUUCGUGAGCACUUUGUGCCUGCUCUUCUGCCUGAACUCAGCUCACGGCCUUGGCGUGGACCCUUCAGUGCAGAUCGAUGUGCUGAGCGAGUUGCAGUUGUGGGGCUCUGUGGCUGGAGUGCGGCAAGUUCCGGGACUGCACAAUGGCAGCAAAGCGUUCUUCUUCCAAGGAACUGCAAGAAAUAUAAAAGUAUCUCCAGAGAAAGCUGAACUUUUUUUCCAGAAACUGAGAAACAAAAAUGAAUUUACCAUGUUGGUAUCUCUCAAACAAACACUCUUAAAUUCAGGUGUUAUUUUUUCUGUUCAUCAUUUAGAUCACAGGUACUUGGAACUAGAAAGCAGCGGCCAUAGAAAUGAAAUUAGAUUGCACUAUCGUUCAGAAACCCAGCGUUCACACACAGAAAUAUUUCCUUACAUUUUGGCAGAUGACAAGUGGCACAGGCUGUCCUUAGCAAUCAGUGCAUCACAUUUGAUUUUACAUGUAGACUGCAAUAAAAUAUAUGAGAGAGUGGUGGAAAAACCAUAUAUGGAUUUACCAGUUGGCACUACAUUUUGGUUGGGACAAAGGAAUAGCGCUCAUGGUUUUUUCAAGGGCAUAAUGCAAGAUGUGCAAUUUCUUAUCAUGCCUCAAGGAUUUAUCUCUCAGUGCCCAGACCUUAAUCGCACAUGCCCAACGUGUAAUGACUUCCAUGGUCUUGUGCAGAAAAUAAUGGAGUUGCAGGAUAUUUUAGCCAAAACAUCUGCAAAGCUAUCCCGAGCCGAACAGAGGAUGAAUAAGUUGGAUCAGUGCUAUUGUGAAAGAACCUGUACUAUGAAGGGCAUCACCUUCAGAGAAUUUGAAUCUUGGACAGAUGGCUGUAAGAACUGCACUUGCAUGAAUGGUACUAUCCAAUGUGAAAGAUUGAUUUGCCCAAUUUUUGAUUGUCUUCCUAAUUCUGCGCCUGCAUAUGUUGAUGGCAAGUGCUGCAAGAAAUGUCAACCAAUCUGUGUGUUUGAAGGCAAAACCUAUUUUGAAGGAGAAAAACAAUCAGUAUAUUUAGACUCAGAGGUCUGUAUUCUCUUUGAAUGCAAGAAUUACAAAAUGCAACGUACAAUGGAGUUGAAUUGUCCUGCUUUGAACUGUCCUGAGUCUGAACAAAUAUCCUUAUCUAAAAGUUGUUGCAAACUUUGUAAAGGCCACGAUUUUUGUUCUGAAGGACAUAAGUGUUUAGAGAAUUCUUUUUGCAGAAAUGUUGAAGAAAAGUCAGUUUGUAGCUGCCAAGAUGGUUUCCGAGCUCUUCGAGAUGACAGUAUAUACUGUGAAGAUAUUGAUGAAUGUGCUGAAGGGAGGCAUUACUGUCAGGAAAAUACUAUGUGUAUCAACACACCAGGAUCAUUUAUGUGUGUCUGCAAAACAGGUUACAUCAAAAUUGAUGACUACUCUUGUACAGAGUAUGAUGAAUGCCUCACCAAUAAACAGAACUGUGAUGAAAAUGCAUUGUGUUUCAAUACUGUAGGAGGACAUAACUGUAUUUGCAAACCAGGUUAUACUGGAAAUGGUACCAUAUGCAAAGCUUUUUGUGAGGAUGGUUGUAGAAAUGGUGGAGUUUGCAUUGCCUCCAAUGUCUGUGCCUGUCCACAAGGAUUUACAGGCUCAAAUUGUGAAUCCGAUAUUGAUGAAUGUUCAGAUGGCUUUGUUCAGUGUGACAGCCGUGCCACCUGUAUUAACCUACCUGGAUGGUACCACUGUGAGUGCAGGGAUGGUUACCACGAUAAUGGCAUGUUUUCAUCUAGUGGAGAAUCAUGUGAAGAUAUUGAUGAAUGUGGAACUGGGAGGCACAGCUGUGCCAAUGACACAAUUUGUUUUAAUUCGGAUGGAGGCUAUGACUGUCGAUGCCCUCAUGGAAAGAACUGCACAGGAGACUGUAUCCAUGAAGGGAAGAUCAAACACAACGGACAAAUCUGGGUGUUGGAAAAUGAUAGAUGCUCUGUUUGCUCUUGCCAAGCUGGCUAUGUAAUGUGCCGACGGAUGGUCUGUGACUGUGAAAAUCCCACUGUUGAUUUAUUUUGCUGCCCCGAAUGUGAUCCAGGACUGAGUAGUCAAUGUUUCCAUCAAAGUGGAGUGAUUGUAUAUAAUAGUGGGGAUACAUGGGUUCAAAGCUGUCAACAGUGCCGAUGUUUG